AUGCGAAGACAGGGCGUUGCCGAAAAGGCCAAGCCUGCAACUUCGCCCAUGGGCAGCAUGAGCUCAGGGCUGGACUCAGAGAUCGCGAUGCAAAUCAUGAUGGUGAACCAACUUCGCAAGGUGGAGGAGAUGAUGGCGAGGAUGACGCUCGAAUUGCGCAUGGCUUCGGCGACCAGCCAAGGUCCCGAGAUGGAGUGGUUGGUCACCAGCAGUCGCUCCAAGCUUUACAUUUGGCGCUUGGACCGCCUCAGCAAGGUGGCCGUGGCGGAGGCUCAAGCGGACGGAGCCCGAGAGGAUGAUGGGAUGGAUCUCACGGGGGGCCGAAACGACGUCAGAUGGGUACCGCAGCUGUGUGGCAUGACGAAGGGAAAGAAGAAGAAGGAGCCGCCGGUCCGGCCGCGACUCUCAGCUGCAGCGGCAGCGGCAGCGUCAUCGCCGUUCUACCCACCGGAGCCUGGAUCUGCGGGAAGUUCCCGGGCAAGAAUUGGGCCCCAGGACUUGGAGCGUAUCCGACGUCUCAGUCGUGAGGGCGUUUCCAUCGAUGUGAUUUCCAAAAUUUGGAACGCCACACCCAAGGAGGUUCUCGAAACCCUGGAACUGGAGCCGAAGGAGAGUGCUAGGGAAGAAGCCUGCGCGCCACUGGUCAAGCGAUUGACCACGGAUCCAGCGGAGUUCUGCUGUCCCAUCUCACGGCAGCUCAUGUGGGAUCCCGUCGUGGCACAGGACGGUUACACCUACGAGCGCUGUAACAUCGAACGCUGGCUGGGCACUAAGCCGCAGAGUCCGAUGACUGGCAGCCCAUUGCCAACUCCUGCAGUGCUGAAUCCAAAUCAACACGUGAAGUCCGCCAUUCGUUCCUUUAAAGAGGACACAGUCGCUGAAAUCCUCGCCUUGGUGCCUCAGCUUCCGUCGUCCUCGGUGACCUCAGUGGCUCUGGAGUUGCUGUCGCGAGGCGAGCAGUUCGUUCGCCCCGAUCUUCCUGAUGCGUCCGCACAGAAGAAACUCACGUCCCUGCUGCGUCUCCGGAUGAAGCUGCCGGGUGCCGCCGAAGCGAUCCAAGAGAUCGUGGGUCUCUUUCUGGAGAAUCCACAUCGAGGUGGUCUUCAAAAGUUUCUCUGUGAACUUGACGGAUCUCAACUGACCUACGUCUUGCCGGAGCUGGAUGAUGCUACCAUUGCCAUCUUGCAGAAAGGGAAGAAGCUCCAGCCCGCCUGUAAAUGGUUGGUGGAUCAAGAGCUUUCCAGGCGUCUGGCUGGGCGUCUGACGGAGGAAUGCCCCUUGAAGUUGAUGCGUUUGUUAGAGGAGAGCAGCCAGUCCCCCCACGAUGAGAAGGGCGAUCGUCUGAAGGCAGCUGGAUUAGUCCUGGCCAGCAGCAUCGAUCGUUUGGACGCAGAAGAUUUGGAAGAAAUGGACGUGCAACUGUUGAGCCACGCCCGCGGCUACCUGCGUGAUAAAGAUACUGCCAUUAUGGAUUCAGAGCACUUCUUCAGUACUGAUCUGGGCAUGUUCACGGCCGAGCGCUGGCCGCCACAGAGCUCCGGCGUCAUCCUCACGGAGCUGGCCUUUCGAUUGGAGGACGAGGAAGAAAAGUUUCAGCUCUUGGUCGAGGCGCACGAGAUCGAUGGUGCUGAUUCACAGGUGCGAGCGGCUUUAAUCCAACAGCUGCAUGGGAAGAUCUCCCGCUUUGACAGCCGCUGGGGCUGUACCGGGCUAGGUCAGGCAGAGUCAACCCGGGAGCAACGAGGGCCUGCGGAGGGUCUGUUCCUGAAAUUGAUCCUGGAGGAACGCCAGCAGAUUCCCAAUGACAUUCUGCCCAAACUGACACUGGAGAAAGGUGUUUUCCAGCAUCUCUCGCCCGAUGAGUUGCUCCUACUUGCAGAUCAGUUGAGCAAUGAACGGCAUAGGGACGGCGCACGUGUGGCGGUGAAGGCCGCCAAGGCUUAUGGAGCCAAAGGAAAAGACAUGGAAGCCCAAUAUGCUUAUCUCCACGCCUUCCGCUUGGACCGCUUCAAUGAAGACGCCGCCGAGGGCUUGGUUCGCACCUCACUGGCCAUGAAGAAACAGGCGGAGGAACUGAAGUCGAAGUGCGAAGACUUGGAGAGGAGAUGUCACGAACUGGAUGCGCGUUUGAUGGAGGGCGCCGUGACCGCAGAGCAUACACCCCCACGCCACGCGCACAGCGCGCAGCAGCACGCGGCCUACGGAAAGGCGCCCGUGGCGGUCCAGGAAUUGCUGCUUCAACGAUUGCAGGCCGUUCAGGAUUCUUGGCAAUCUACUGGGCAUAGCCAGGAAGAUUGGUCUGGCUGGUGA